UCCCCGUUGCUAGAGUGGUUGCUAGGGACGCCAUACACAACGGAACGUUGGAGUGAACAGUGCUUCCAGGUUUGAUGGCGUGUUUGUGCUGCACUAUUGCAAGUUGUGUUUCAUUUUAAAGAGUAUUUAUUAUCCUGUUCGAAUUAACAAUUAUAGUAAAUGCGUUAUCAACACAUAGCGAAGGGCCUUAGUGUAACUUAACGAAGGACUCUAGAUCAAUUUUAGAAUCUGCAUGUUUUGUGUUAAAGUAACUGCUUUAGGCGAUCAACUAUAAGGAGUGCAGAGACAAGACAUUCAUCUUCAUACUUGUACGUGUGAACCUGAUUUUCCUGCCGUCGUAAAAACGUUUAUUGCCAACAACAGCAAGGAUGACGAUCAAACUGGAGGACAUGUUGACGGUGGUGAAGGCGCCAGCCCAGGCCCUCGACCUCUUCCGCACCAAGAUCAAAACAAAGGAAGACUUUGACAAGGCUUUUGAGAAGGUCCCGGAGUACAAGAUACGCCCAGAGAAGGUGCGUCCAGAUGAGGUGAUGGGUGACGGACCUGGGGGGUGGCGCCACACCCCAGCCAGGAGCGAGGAGCCGCCCCAGGCCGGCUAUGCCGACCCCCUCCCACCCUCCAUGCAGGGACUCAACAUGCACGAGUUCUACCAGGUGGAUAUUGACUGGAGGAUGCUGACCACAGCUCGACCCAAGAACAAAUGCGAGGAGGAGAUAUUCUCCAGGUACGUGGAGAUGGGUCGCUUACAGCUACAGAGAGUGCGGGAAGAGGCCGAGCGCCUGGCCGAGGGCAAGGACUGGACCGGGCGAAUUGUCAAGGUGGUGCCGGGUCGCGGGUCGCUGCCGGAGACAAGGUUCCCCACCUGCAGGGAGUGUGGCGAGGAGCUCUGUGACGCCCUCUGCAAGGACUACCUCUAUAUGAACUACACCAGGAUCCAGACGGAAGAAAAGAAAGAAGAGGAAGAGUCCGGGCUGGACGUGGAGGAGGUGGAGACGCCCAAGCAGAAGGGCAAGAAGAAGAGGAGGACAAAGAGGAAAAGUAAGAAGAAGAAGAAGAAGGAGAGCGACUACCCGGACGACGACGCUGACGACGAGGACGAGUGAUGAAGACGACAAAGUAUUACCAGGGAAUACCAGCAACAUCACACCAUUAGAACCAAGCUGGCCGCUCGUGUAUGGGGAAGUUGUCGUGGUAGUGAAGUAGUCGCCAGUAUUAGUAUUCAAGUCACUAAUGCAGUUUAAACCAUAAUAAAUAGAGCUUUCAAACUUUGCUCCAACUUUUAAGUUAUUGGAUUAUUGUUUACGAGAGUUUAAUUUGAUGUUUUAUCAAGGCAAAAUGUUGAAUAGGAUUUUGAGGACGUUAUUAAAUGCCUUAUUGUCUGCCAAUGUUGACAUUUCUACAGUUUGUAAGGAGAUCCAGUGCAUAAAAUUCCUCUUGCUUUGGUACUGUAAGCUAUCAAACACCAAUAGAACUUGAUUGCAACAUGCUAAGAAAGACUUACCUGCAGGUAAAUUCUUCAUUUGCAAUUUCCAACCUUCAUGCAACUGUUGGAAGUUAUUUAAAACAUAAGAGGUCUAAGAUCCUUUGGUCUAAGAUCUAUGUUGUUCACUUUAUUAGAUGUUGGAGGUGCAAGGUUCAGUAGGCGAGGAACACCCCAGGACGCCCUGAACACCGCAUGUGUGAUAAUGUGGGUGUCUCUUACACUGUUGGUGUGUCCCUGAGGCAGGCUGUGUCCUCAGCUGUGGCAGGUCACUGUGAAGCCCUCACCACCCACACUCACCCUCACCCAUCCUCACUCACCCAUCCACCCACACUCACCCACACACCUACACUCACCCACCCACCCACACCUACCCACACCCACACCCUCACUUACCCACUUCCCUCUACUGACUUCUUGUGCUUUUAGUCUAAACUUAAAGGUCUUGGAAACUAUUUAUAUUGCUAAAAUCAUAACAAUUAUAUCUGAAAGUUUAACAUUAACUUCCAUAUUUUAUCUUUGUUAUCACAUACAUAACUCCACCUAUA